GUAAACCAUUGUGUUGAGGCAGACAGUGAGUUAUGGGCACAUCCCUCUUGGAGAAGACCCCAGAAGUUCAGGGAAGUGGGAAGGAAGUCGACGCAAUGGAAGAACCUCGCCGAACAAAAGGCCAUUGAAGCAUUUUCUUGUCUCCCCGUUACACCCUGAGAAUCCUCGCUGUAGAAACCGACUGAUCCCUCAGCCUGCAGACAUGUGCACGGCUGAAGCAACUGCAUCUCUGCUCCAAGUGGAGGAAACCUUUUCAGCAUGCCUGGCACAGAUAAAUACCCUCAUCCUCAAGCCUCUGCUCCAGGCAGAGCCUAAAGACCAGAAGGGAAAGGAGAACUUUAAGCUCUUCCUGCUCCUGAAUGAUCGGUUUCAAGCUCUCUGGAACCUCACAGAAGAAAAUUACUGCAUUCUGAAACAAAAACACAGCAGCUCUGAGUCAUUCUGCAUCCAGGACAUUUACACUGUCUGGAAAGGAGACCUGUUUCUAAGCCUCUACAUCCAAUAUUUCGUCACUUUCGCAAACUACGUUGUAGUCCGCGGCUUUGAACAUGCCACAGAGAGCAAAAGUGAAGCCUGGAAGUUCCAUAUGACAGUGCUGAAACUAUUCCUCACAGACUUCACCUCUGAGACCUCCAUGUCACUGGCCUUAUACACUGUUCUUCAGAAACCUCUCAGAGAUCAUAUCGAGCAUUAUAUACUGCUCCUUACCAAGCUGAAUGAGGUUCUCAAAGAGGGCUCUGAAAAGGACAUGGUCACCAGUUCCAUCAAGGAAUAUGUGAAGCUGGAGUCCUUCAUCAGCCAAGUCCUGGAUGAAGCUUGUUUUACCAAGUCCUUAUGGAAAUCCUUGAGCUACAAAUUCACAGACAUGCUCUGUGUACCUGAAAGAAGGCUGCUGGAAGAUAGCAAAAAUCUUCCCAUCUCUGCCAGCACGAAUCGAUCAGAUCGGAUCUUGCUCUUUGAUGAUGUCCUUGUGCUAAUUCAGGGCAACAGCUUUCAGAGUUUUGAUCUGAAGCUUGUGUGGGUAGAUGAUAACUGCAGGGAGAAAUUGGCUCCAGGACUAUACAGACUCCGCAUUAUAACCCCAGAAGAAACGUUCUUUCUCUCUGCGAAAGACCCACAGAUGAAGGCUGUUUGGCAGUGGAAGCUGAACCAGGCUGUCCGCCAGGCACUGAACGGGAAGAGAGAUUUCCCAUUGUGGGGUAAGACUGGAGAAGGCACCGAGCCCCCGUCCUGCCGCUUCUUCACCUAUGUCUUCAAGCUGGAGGGCAAGUUCAAGAACACAUCCUAUGAGGGCGAGUGGCACUGGGGAAAGCCGCAUGGCAAGGGGACGCUGAAGUGGCAUGAUGGACGCAACCAUGUUGGAGAUUUCAAAGAGGGCUUGGAGCAUGGGUUUGGAAUAUGCCUUGUCCCACGCAAAUCCGAAGACCGAUAUGACUGCUAUAAGUGCCACUGGUACGAGGGCAAGAUGAGAGGCUAUGGAAUCUGUGAGUACGGGAAUGAUAUGGUCUACAAAGGCUACUUCAAAGACAAUGUGCGCCAAGGGUUUGGGAUACUGGAGAACUUCUCAGCUAAGAAUCCUUUUAAAUACUCAGGACAGUGGGAAAAUGAUAAGAAGAAUGGAUAUGGAGUGUGGGAAGACAAAGAUAGAGGGGAGAGAUACAUAGGGACAUGGCUUGAUGAUCACAAACAUGGACAAGGCAUUGUAGUAACCCAGUCAGGUGUCUGCUAUCAAAGGACAUUUCAUGCUGUUAAAAUGGUGGGUUCUGGGAUUCUGCUCUUGGAAGAUGACUCUGUCUAUGAAGGGAACUUCACAGAAGAUCUAACAUUUGUUGGAAAGGGAAAACUGUCAUUUGCCAAUGGCUUCAUUUUGGAGGGAACCUUUACUAACAAAUCGGGCCAAGGCCUUCAGACGCACGGCAUCCUGAACACUUCAAACGAGCAGCUGGAUGACUGGAUAACCAAAAUUCAGCUGGGCCUUGAGGAGUUCCCUGUGGAGAAGAGAUGGAGGGGAAUCUAUGACCAGUUCCUGGAGUUCAUCCAUUCUGGUUGCAAAGAAGAAACAGAGGAGUCUUUCACAGGGUUCCACAUACAAACAAGCAAGGAGCUGAGGAAGUCUCAGGAGUACCUCUUCUGCCAAAAGGGGACUGAGGAUGUGUCCUGGAAGACAGAAGAUAUUCUUGAAGAGCUUGUCCAGCACCAGGAUCUGGAGUCACUACAGAGUUAUUUAGAGAAGGCAUUGAAGUCUUCCCUGCACCCACUGGGAAAGCUGCUGAAGGCCUUGACGAUAGCUUUUCAGGCAACAUAUUCUGGGAUUGGGGCCAACAGACAUUUGCUGACUAUGGCACAAGAGGAAGUCAAGUAUUAUGCAAAGAAAAUAUGGGAGUUUUACCAGGGUUUGCUCCAUCUGGCACUGGAACAGAAAGGCCAACUGCCCCCAAAGUGUAUGGAUGAAGAUACAAAUGAUGAGAAGGCAUGCAGUGUGGUCCUGCCGCUGAUCUUGCCCUGCUUCUACCCUGAGCUUUUCAUGCUCUACAUGCUCUACCACGAGAGAGAAGAUGAUCUGUACUGCCAAGGGAUUGUGGACCUAAGUCUAUUCCCCGACAUCAAGCUCCUAGAGUUUCUGGAUGUGCAGAAACACCUCUGGCCCCUGAAAGAUCUCACCCUGACAACCAACCAGAGGCGGUCCCUUAUCAAAGACAAGUGUUUCCUGUCUGCCACAGAGUGUUUGCAGAAGCUGAUUACCACAGUGGAUCCCCGGGAGAAGCUGGUGAUCCUCCAGAAGACAUAUGAAGAGAUAGAGAGCACAGUGUCCCGGGUGGUAGAGAAGGACUACAGGCUUCCCAUGGAUGACCUCUUGCCCCUACUGAUGUAUGUUGUAUCCCGAGCAAAAAUCCAGCACCUGGGAGCUGAAAUCCAUCUGAUCAGAGACUUGAUGGACCCUGCCAAUCGAGGAGGACUGUACGACUUUCUGCUAACAGCACUGGAGUCAUGCUAUGAACACAUACAGAGGAUGAGACUCCACCAAAGAGAGAACUACCAUGUGACUCACAGCUCCUGAGCCCAAGGACCUGAAGGGGGCCUCCUCCCUGAUGCACUUUCUUGACCAAACACUGUUGGAUGAAGAAGCAAUCAUGUCACUGAUAUUCUGGCUGUCUUUAAAAAGGGAAGAACGGGUAUUUAUCAGAUGAGGGUUUCUUGCUGGCUUUUCUUUUCAACUAGCUACGAUUGUAAAGCACAGACAUACGGAUGCUUUGGGCUAAAAGCCUUCAAUAUGCAACCUCAGCUUGUGCUUGGCAAUCUCUUUGUGGAAAAGUGGCCAAGGUUUCUUUUGCCCUGUAGUUUUAUUUCGCUCCCCUGCAAACAGCAAUCUGCCUUGAAACCUGGUUUAACUGUUCUCUCAGAUGUUGUGUUUGUUUUGCACUGGUGCACAGACGUAAGGGAGAUUAUAUUAUAGAAAGCGGUCAAAUGAAACCACAAGAACUAUUUUGGUGGGACUAUUUGUGGUUGGCAGAAACGUGGCAUGGACAGGAGAGGCCAUCUCCAUGCUCCUAAACAACCUGUUCCUGGACUGAGGUGCCUUUUUCUGCAUCCCUAAGAGGCAGGCUUUUCCAUUCCUCUUCCUACCCAUGCCAAACUCCAUACCUCUCCAUUGCAUUGUAAAGCUGCUAUUGACUAACUUCCUUGUUUUAUAAUACUUACAAUUGUAUGUAUAUUUAUACCCUGCAGACUCCUGUUAAAACCUCAGGGAUAUCACACUUUCACCUCGAACACACUAGUGCUGCUUUGUAAUUCCGCAUGGGUUCAUGGGUGCCCGAUAGGAGAGAUAUUGUCCCAGGGUGAGGAAUCUCAUAUCCUGGUGAAAGAAAACAUAAAACUAGCUGGCUUUCUGCACUGACAGAGCUGCAAAAACCCUGUUUUUUCUGAGGUACACAACUAUGUGCUGACAGACCACCCACUGAUACCAGUGGGGUACCAAUCACAUUAGAAUCAGGCUGGGUUUUACUCUGCCUUUAUAUAAAUAGAUAUUUGAUAUCUUGUUCCCAUCAGACAAAAAUAGUAAUGUCUGAGUUGCAUAUUUAGAGCAAAACCUCUUUUGAACUAGAUUUGUCAUGCUUUUUUUUUUUUUUUUUUUUUUUUUUUUUUACAGUAUGACUUUAAAUUAUCCAGGUCUUUGACUUCAGGAACAAAAACAAAACUCUACAGGCUGUUUCCUCCUGUUUAUGACAAGUAUUAUGCUUUAAUAAAUAGUACACUUAUUACAAUAGUUAAUAUAUUGGUAUGAGAGUAACCUAAUAUAUGUUUUACAGUAACUUUGUUUUUAAUAAAGCUGUUUAAUUUUUAAGAGAGAUUCCAGGCUUUCAUAUUUCUUAUUCCAAUCUUGUUGCUGUCUUCAGGCAUUUGAGAAUUUGCCUUCCUUUCUUUAACUUUAGUAAAUAUGUGGCUCCCUUACCGCCUUGAUCACUCAUGGGAAGGGAGAAUUUGAACUACAGAUUACAUUAGGAAGCUAAUUUUAAGAAAGACUGAAUCAAUAAAACUGAUUUUUGUGCUUCCGUUCCCUGCCAAAUCAGUAAGGAGAAUGUGGCUUAAAAGUUUAAGAUGAUUUCCUGCAGUUAAACUAUUUUUUACCACAUUGCCUUAGCAGGCCUUAUGAAAGAGGGCUGUUACACAUCUUCGGAGGUGAAGAUGCUGUGGUGCAAAGACAGCUCAGGUGAAGAGAAAGUGACAGAGAGUAGUUGAGAUUCACCUUCCUUCACUUGAACACCUCUUUAGCCACACUACCACGCUGGCCUAGUUUCUUCCUUCCUUAACUAUAUUCUGCAGGGAAGAGGAAGAAACUGCAGAAACGAUGCCUCUUCCCUGAGAACUGCUGCCCUGAUUUUUGCAUCACAGUAAACUCACGCCGUCCAUCAGACUGAGGAUGUAGUCUGCUGGAUAGUACCAUGCCUAAACUGAUCCUGGGUACGUUGAAACUACUGGGUUCUUGGUGUAAAAGCUAGACUUGAAUUUUUGCUGGUUUCACACGGCAAAGCCAGGCAGUUCCAGCUUCAUGGGACAUGAAAUGAAAACUAUUGUUCAUCUAAACAAACCCUUUAUAAAAUUGCAGUGUUUAAAAGUGGUUGGUGCCUAUACCAGCAUGCAGCGAGACUGGGGAAUACAAGACCAAAAACAUACUUUCUCACCAAUACACUGAUUGUCAGCUUUAAACCCUUGCUCCUCACCUCUAUGAAAUCUCACCUUACUCAUGUAAGGCAGAAAGCUCCAGCUGCCUGUCUUUGAGAAUGUAAACAGCCAUAAGUAACAGCUGUGAACUUUUAAUUUCAGAGUUGCUUAAAACUGGCAGUUUUCCCGUCUAAAGAAACACCCUGCCAGAAGGUUGAAUCACUGAGAUGUAGUCACAGCUGUUAAAAAAAAAAAAAAAAAGUCUGUUUUCUCCAUACUGCAUUCUUUCAUGCUCUAGGUUUUUAAUUUUAAUUUCAGGUACCACUUCCUACUCAAAAUGCAGAACGUCUACGAGAAAAUAGGACAUACAAAACGCAUGCAUGUACAAACUCCACAGGAUUAUCUAGAAAACAAUACGAUUUUUCAGCCCACUGAAGAUUUCUAGUAUUGCACUUUCUAAACAUAUGGUUAUUAGUUGCUCUUACUGGUCAUCUGGCUGAAAAUUGAGGAGGUUCUUGAGCUAUAAUUCAAGUGAGCCCUAAAGGGGCAGCUAAGGUAACAGUGUGCAGCCAUUUGUGCUUCUAGGCUCUCUCAGCAACCAGUAAAAGCAAGAGGGAUACUUGACGGGCAAUACUCUUUUAGCCCAAGGGUAGCAUUCAGGUUGCAAAUUGUGCUGUGUAACCAUGCAGUAGUGCUAUUUGGUGUGUUAACAGCAUGGCUUUUUUUUAGGAGAUAAUAUGAGGCUACUUGCUAGCUUCCUUGAUUAAUCAGAUCUCUGCUUGAUAAAGUACUGUGCCUUGAAACAGCGUGUGGAAAUGUGAGAGUACAUUCAAGUUCCUCCUUUGGAGUUGGCGUGGAUCACAUGCUUAAAUUAUUGGUGGCAGAUUGCUAUCUGCACUUGUUUGCAAUCAGGACUCCAGCUUCCUGAUUAUUCCAUUAAAUUUAAUCCUGCAGGCCCCUGGAGCAGUAAGAAGGCUGACCCCAGCCAAGACUUUCAGUUUUAGAGACAUACUGCUGUACAGGACACUAGUACAGUCAUCUCUUCCACAUCUAAGCUACAGCUACUGAGGCAGCUCAGGCCUCAAGGGAAGCUGUCACAUCCCCUAAAAAAAAAAAAAAA